ACCUAGCAGCACUCCCAAAGCACUGGGUACCCAGCCCUGAGCAGAUCUAUUCUUUGAGCUGAAAAUGAUGUGCAGGAGCAAGAGUUUGCUCCUGGCUGCUUUGAUGUCAGUGUUGUUCCUCCACCUCUGCAGCAAGUCAGAAGCAGCAAGCAACUUUGAUUGCUGUCUUCGAUAUACAGAACAUGUCCUUCAUCCCAAAUUUAUCACGGGCUUCACACAGCAGCUGGCCAAUGAAGCUUGCGACAUCAAUGCUGUCAUCUUUUACACAAAGAAAAGAUUGGCUGUGUGUGCAGAUCCAAAGAAGAAGUGGGUGAAAAAGGCUGUGCAUAUCCUCAGGUAUGGGACAUUUACCAUCAGCCCCUCUUCAAAUGUCUGGGGCAAAGGUCAUGUGCAGAGUGGUGGAUCAUAGGCUGGCUGGGACCCUUUAGCCUAAGCACUGUAGAAUUUUAUUUAUUUUAUUUUUUUAUAGAUUUAUUUUAGAGAGAGAAAGAGCGGG